AUGGAGGGCAAGGAGACACCCAAGGAGUUCCCGGACGUCAGCCAGAAGCUCUCUGCGCCUAAGAAGCUUUCAGCAUUCGAGAAGGAAAGACAAGCCGCGCAGGCCAAACAACAGCGCGCAGAGGCCGAGAACGCGGCGGCUCUAAAGGCAUUCGAGAACUCGUUCGCGGGAGACGACGACGAUGAUGGCUUCCACACUUCCUACGGGGGCAGGGGACCUCCUUCUGGGCCUCGAGGGCCUGGCAUGGGCUACGGUUCAGGCGGACGUUAUGGAGCACCCCCACCAGGACCGAGGGGAGGACCAGGUAGCUUUGGACCGCCGCCUCCAAGCUUGAAGAGGAAGCGCGCAUUGGAUGAGAUGCGGGAAGCACAGGAGGCUAGGCGGGAGCAGGAGGAAAUGCUUGCUUACGAAGGACCUGGAGACGAUGCUCGCGACAGUCCAGGCCUGAACGCUCGAGCUGAGCAGGACGAUGUUGAUGCGCCGCGGCCAACGAUCCAGCUGUCUUCGCUGCCACCCGAUACGACCGCCGACGGGAUCAAGAGUCUACUCAAGGACCAGCUCAAAGUCCACAGUGUCCGGUUCCUGCCUCCAAGUGCUCCUGGAACAGAGACGAAGCGCACACUAUCCGCAAUCGCAACCCUGUCUUCGGACAUAUCGAGCUCGCAGAUUGACUUGGCCAUUGGCGCCCUUAAGCAGAAGUAUCUCGGUCGUGGCUUCUACCUAUCAGUUUCCAGGCAUCUGUCCUCUGCCGCCUUUCAUCCUACCGUCAUAUCCAGCAAUGCAGCUUCAUCCAACGAGCCCUUUGGAGCAGAAAGGCCGCGCGAAACCCGCGACCAGCACUCCUCAAUGCGCAACGCACCGCCGCCAAUGGAGCAUCGCGGAUUUGCGCCGCCAGACUCAUACGAUGCACCAAGUCGGUCCAGACAACGUGGCCCUGAUCGCGUUGAUGCUGUUGUCGCUGUCCGUCCCCCGGCAGACAUUGAAGCAGUCAACGCCAUUCAUACAGUGGUGGAUCGCCUCCUCCUUGAACCGGAUCCGGCACGAGCUUUGCAGAUCGAGGCGUCGCUUAUGUCACUACCGGAAGUACAGCUAGACGAGCGCUUUGCCUUCUUGUACGACUCGCAGAGUACAGCAGGGGCUUACUACCGGUUCCUGCUGUGGGCUCCAGACGAGCCAAGCGAUGUAGCGAGGGACGAUAAGCGACAGAACCUGACAAUCGAGCGGAUACACGAUGAUGUGCCUAUCGAGUGGCAUCCACCGUACGCUCAAGUGCAGUUCCCGGAUCUGAAGUCACUCGAGCAAGUGGUCACUGAGAUCGAUUAUAUCUCCAGCGACGAGGAAAGUGAUGAUGGUGAGGGUGGUGAGCGGCAAUUCAAUGCUUCGCGAGAAGGCGACGGCUUAAGUGAGGCGAACGAGAGGAAGCACCUUACGCCAUUGCAGAGAGCGCGAUUCGUCUACCUCCUUUCUCGACUGCCUACGUCCAAUGCACGACUGCGGAAAGGUGAUGUAGCACGAAUCACCAGUUUCGCCAUCGGCCGCGCAGGUGCCGGGGCGGAGGAGAUCGUGGACAUGCUUCUGCUCAACGUCGUAAAACCUUUCUCCUACACCCUGGCCUCGCGCUACGAAGACUCAGACUCCCAAGACGAAGAAGACGUCUACGAACCUAACGACGACCUCUCCGCCCUCGACUCUCCUGCCCCGCAACCACAAAAGGACAGCAAACGCGACGACGACCCUUCAAACGCCAAACUCAUCGCCCUCUACGUCAUCUCCGACAUCCUCUCCGCCUCCUCUACAGCCGGCGCACGCAACGCAUGGAAGUACCGCCAACUCUUCGAAUCCGGCUUCAAAGCCCAAAACACCUUCGACUACCUCGGUAAGCUGGACAAAGAGCUCGCCUGGGGUCGCAUGAAGUCUGAACAGUGGAAGCGAAAAGUCGGUGUGGUCUUCGGAAUCUGGGAGGGCUGGAGCGUGUUCAGUAAUGAUGUGCAUAAGGAGUUCAAGCAAAGCUUUUUCGAGCCGCCGCUUAGUGAAGAGGAGAAAGCUGCGGCGGCUGCCGAGGCAGAGAGGGAGGAGAACAGGAAGCAGGAGGAGAAAUUUAUGGGAAAGUUUAAGAGGGUGGAGAGUGUAGGAUCGCCGGCUGCGAGUGCUUCGCCUGCGCCUGCGCCUGCGCCUGUGCCUGUGGUGGCGGAAAAGGUCGAUCAGGAUGUCGAGGGCGCGCCGCUUGACGGAGCUCCGUUGGAUGGCGCGCCGCUGGAAGAAGUUGAUGGGGCACCUCUGGCAGUUGUGGUCGACGGAGAUCCAAUGGAGGAUAUUGACGGCCAGAACAUGGCAGAUGCUGGAUCUGCUCCAGGCCUCGGAGGAAUGGAUGGUGCUGCUGAUCAAAAGCCUGCGGAUUCGGCGCCAGCCAAUGACCAUAGCAGUGCACCUGCGUCCACGAGCAGACCUGCGAAACCAUCUGGGCCUAAGAAGCGGAUGAGGGCAGCGGAUAUGUUCGGCGAUAGCAGUGAUGAAGAUUAG